AUGCCUACCGAUUCAACGUUUCCCAACGUGCCAAUCCCCAACGUAGACCUCUGGAGUUUUCUUUUCGAGAACAAAGACAGGACAUAUUCCGAUGAUAAAGUAAUCUAUCUGGACCCAUACACCAAACGUUCCUACACCUACGCCGAAGUUAAAGCCACAGCCAUCAAGUUUGGGACCGGUCUCAAAGGUCUUUGGGAGUGGAAGAAAGGCGAUGUUCUCGGACUAUAUACACCAAACUGCAUAGACACACCUGCCAUCACAUGGGGCUGUCUUUGGGCGGGAGGAAUCGUCAGCCCAGCCAAUCCAAACUAUACUGUGGAUGAGCUCGCUUUCCAGCUCAAAGAUUCCGGUGCCAAGGGACUGGUCACACAGCUGCCAUUCAUCGAAAAUGCACGGGAGGCGGCGAAGAGAGUUGGUAUACCCAUGGAUAGAGUGGUGAUCAUGGGCGACCAGAGGGAUCCAAAACACGUCGUCAAGCACUUCACAAGCGUCGUCAACCUAUCUAGAUCAUCAAACUAUCGCCGUACAAAGAUGAAGCCAGAGGAAGAUCUGGCCUUUUUGGUGUAUUCGUCAGGGACGACGGGUCACCCUAAGGGUGUGAUGCUCACUCACCGGAAUAUCAUUUCCAAUGUGAUGAUGAACAAGGCUAGCGAGGCGGGUAACCUCUCCAGCAGUAGCGGAGCGGAUGGUUCAGGGGACAAGGUGUUGGCUUUCUUGCCUUUCUUCCAUAUCUAUGGCCUUACCUGUCUGAUACACCAAAGCCUGUACAUAGGCAUUCAGCUCGUCGUCAUGGCCAAGUUUGACCUCGAAGAAUUUUGCAGAUUCAUCCAGGAUUACAAGAUCACCUUCGCUUAUGUUGUCCCACCCGUCGUCCUACUUCUUGGCAAACAUCCUGCAGUCGCCAAAUACGAUCUCAGCUCGAUUCGUAUGAUGAACAGUGGAGCCGCCCCCUUGACCCGGGAGCUCGUGGAAACAGUGCAUAAAAGACUAGGUCUACCGGUCAAACAGGGGUAUGGUCUCUCUGAGACGAGCCCUACAACUCACACCCAGUCAUGGGAGGAUUGGCACAACUCCAUCGGCUCCGUGGGAAAACUUCUGGCUUACCAAACUGCAAAGUAUAUGUCGGAGGACGACAAGGAAGUGGCUGUAGGCGAAGUAGGAGAGCUUUGGAUCAAAGGGCCGAACAUCUUCAAAGGCUACCUUAAUAACCCAGAGGGCACCGCGAACGCACUCACAGCAGAUGGAUAUUUCAAGACCGGCGAUGUUGGCUACCAAGAUAAGAAAGGCAAUUUCUACAUCACCGACCGUGCCAAGGAGCUCAUCAAGUACAAGGGCUUCCAGGUCCCUCCAGCUGAACUUGAAGGAUAUCUUGUUGCACAUCCGCACGUUAGCGAUGUGGCGGUUAUCGGAGUGUAUGACAAGGACCAAGCGACCGAGAUUCCAAGAGCGUACAUAGUGCCCAAGGAUGGUCUAGGGAAGGGGGAAGCAGAGGCGAAGGAAAUUGUAGCGUGGUUGAACGCCAAGGUAGCACCUCACAAGAAGCUGCGGGGUGGAGUGAGAUUUGUCGAUGAGAUACCUAAGAGUAUAUCUGGCAAGAUCUUGCGACGGCUGCUGAGGGUGAAGGCACAAGCGGAAGAGGAGGGCGCCGCAAAGGCGAAGUUGUAA